CUUAUUCAUACUCAACAUAGGUACGUGUGUGUUCACUACAGUAUUUAAAAAUGUCGCAGCUGGUUAAUAAAGCCAAGAACUUCGUCUCUGAUAAAAUCAGCGAUGUGGCCAAGCCUGAAGCGAGUCUCACCGACGUCGACUUUACGCGCGUGACCAUGAACAAUGUCGAGUACUUGGCCAAGGUCGCUGUUCAUAAUCCUUAUUCACAUCCACUACCCAUUUGCCAGAUCAACUACUCAUUCAAAAGCGCCACUAGGGAGAUAGCAUCAGGGAUAAUACCAGAUCCUGGGUCAUUGAAAGCAAAAGACACAACAAUGGUGGAUGUACCUGUGAAGGUGCCGUAUAGUAUAUUGAUGAGCUUGGCAAAGGACAUUGGGGCUGAUUGGGAUAUUGACUAUCAGUUGGAUGUGGGUCUUGUUAUUGAUCUUCCUGUUGUUGGUAACUUCACCAUUCCUCUUUCUCGUAAGGGAGAGGUUAAGCUACCAAGUCCUUUCUAGCAUGUAAAGUAAUAGUAGUUGUUGUGGACAUGGACAAUAUACUAAGAAAGUAAAUAACUUUGUACUUUGUACCGAGUUGUGUUUCCUUUUAUGUGAAUAAAUAAAUACCUUGUUCUUUGUCUCUA